AUGUACUUGAUCACAGUGAUGGGAAACCUGCUCAUAAUAUUGGCCAUUGGCUCUGACUCUCAUCUCCACACCUCCAUGUAUUUUUUCCUUUCCAAAUUAUCCUUUGUAGAUCUCUGUAUGAUAUCUACCACAGUCCCCAAAAUUUUGGUGAGCAUCUUGACAGAAAACAAGGCCAUCUCCUUUGCUGAUUGUCUUGCUCAGAUGUACUUCUUUAUGGUUUUUGGUCUGUUGGACAAUUUCCUCCUUAAUGCAAUGGCUUAUGACCAUUUUGUGGCUAUCUGUCAUCCUCUAUGCUAUUCAGCCAUCAUGAGCCCUAGCCUGUGUUGCCUGCUGGUGCUGCUUUCCUGGCUCUCUGUUGUUUCCUUAUUCUAUGGCAUAGGACUUGGAGUGUAUUUGAGCUCUUCAGCUAUCCAUAUUUCCUGGAAGAGCACUGUUGCCUCAGCAAUGUAUGCUGUGGUUACCCCCAUGCUGAAUCCUUUCAUCUACACACUAAGGAACAAGGACAUAAAAGAUGCCCUUAGGAAACUAAUUAGCAGAAUAUUUUCUUCUCAAUGA